AUGUACUCGAUCACCCAGAUGCAAAAGCCUGAAAAACAACGAAAGUCAAUCAACACGUUCUUGAUGCUGUCUCCCGAGCUCGAGUUCGACACCAUCAAAGCACAAGUUCUCGAAAAGAUCUCGGAGGGUCUGAAACCGAAGAUGAUUGCCUUCGAACACUAUUCUAUUGCAUGGACCACACCACAGACUCAAGCAUCUUCUAUGCCACUAUGUUCACCUUCAGACUAUCAGUUUCUUCUCGACCUCGCAUCGAAGCAAAAGAAUCCCUCAGUAAAUCUUGUGAUCAAGGCUCAUCCACUGAAAAAUAAGAAAACCAAGUCCUUGAAGAAUAACGAGGACUCGGACGAGAGCCGAGAUAGUGAGAGUGAUAAUGCCAACACUGGGGACGAAGAUGACCAUCUGAAAAAGAAAUCAAAGGCCGAGAAGAAGCCAAAGUCCAUGAUCGAGACUGUGCUCAACACGAAGAUUAACUCGAAAAUUCAGCUUCUUCAGAAUCGUUGGAUGUGUUCGAAAGCAGGAUGCUCCUCAGACCAUUGUUUCGUGCACCCCGAGCACUCCGAGCACUUUCCACUCGGGCAUGAUCACUUCGCUGUGUGGGCAGCUGCUUGGGUACUCUCUCAAUAA